AAGAAAUUGACCGGUCGACAUGCGAAACACUUCUCAACUUCCACACUUUGUUUAAGAGAGGUAUGAAAUGUUAGCCGCACCGAGCCAGAAUGGGACGGGUGCUGCAAGCAGGCCUGGCUCCCGGCUGGAAUACUCUGGGGGCGAAGGCGGCGGCGGAGGCAACAGUGGUGGUGGUGGAGGCGGCGGCGACGGUGGAGGCGGCGAGGGCGGAGGCAAGGCUGGGGAAGGGGCCGAAGGGCCGGACCACCCGCCCACGGAGCCCCCACCUCAGCAACAGCAGGAAUCACAGCCCAAGUCAGAUACCGAAGAAGACACUGAAGGGCCGGAGCCACAAGAAGUCAAUAUAGUACGGCCGAGAACAGUGCUUGGAGGAGGAUAUUGGGGGAGUAGGCCUCCGAGUCCUGGGGGAAGCGAGACGUCGUCUGUGAUGCCUCCCAGGCCGAAAUCAAGAGCAGCGCCCUCAGCACACGAAGCGAAGUACAACAACCUCAAUUACUGGAGAGCCAGAAAGGUCACCUUCUACAAAAAUGGGGAUCCGUACUUCCCGGGGCUUGAGUUCAGAUUUCGGCCUGGGCGAGACGUGGGCACUUUGGAGGCUCUCCUCGACAAGCUAUCUCUCAGGAUGGACUUGCCCAGGGGAGCCAGGUUCAUCUUCGGCCUCGACGGCGAAAGGAAACACCUUUUGGAAGAACUCGAGGACGGCAUGUAUUAUGUCGUUUCCUCAUACAAGACAUUCAAGAAUGCCAGUUACGGCGGCAAAAAGAACGGAAUAUGGUAUGGCCCGCCGCCCCCGAACUCCGGCUGGAGCAAACCGCCGAUGAGCAGAAAGCAGUCGCUGGUCGACGGAGAUCUGCCGCCUCCUGGGGGCGGCGGUGGAAACAAACCGAAUUCCGGUAGGGUCAUCAGAAUCAUCAACAACCUCGACCACACUGUCCAAUGUCGAGUGCUGCUGAACCUCAGGACGACCCAGCCUUUCGAAGAGGUCGUCGAAGAUUUGGGACAAGUUUUGAAAAUGAACGGAGCUAGGAGAAUGUUCACCGUCUCUGGGCAAGAGGUGAGGAGUUUUUCUCAACUGAGAAACGAGUUCGCUGACGUUGACACCUUUUACCUCGGUUCUGGAGCUCUCAUGUCCCCGGUGCGAAGGAGCAGGUCUCGAGGGGCUAUCGCAUCCGGUCCGGUCGUCGUUGAACCCGUCGCGAUCAACGGCCCUGUCAGGAGGCGGGCCAGGAGCAAAUCUAGGCCGAGGAACCUCUACAUGGAGCAGGAAGUCAUCAGGGGCAACUCAGAUUAUGAUGAAGAUUACACGCUCUUGGAAGUGCUGAAGGAAGAGCCUGUCCGGCUGACCAUCAAAGGAAUGAGGAGAACUUUCUACCCUCCUCUUCACCAUGCUCCUCAGGAUAAUUCACCACCUGAAAAACGUCUGGUGCUCGAUUGGGUAUAUGGGUACAGAGGUACCGAUUCGAGAAGGAACCUUUGGGUCCUGCCAACUGGAGAGCUUCUGUAUUUCGUUGCCGCGGUUGCUGUCCUUUUUGACAGGGACGAAGAAGCCCAGAGGCACUACACGGGCCAUACGGAAGACAUACAAUGCAUGGACCUCCACCCGAGCAGAGAGUUAGUCGCCUCGGGUCAACGUGCUGGCAGGAACCGUAAGACUCAGGCCCACAUCAGGAUCUGGAGCACGGAGACACUCCUGACACUCUAUGUAUUUGGAAUGGGAGAGUUUGAAAUAGGCGUAUCAGCUGUGGCGUUCUCUCAAUUGAACGGAGGCAGUUAUGUGCUUGCAGUUGAUGGCGGAAGGGAAAGUAUACUGUCUGUCUGGCAAUGGCAGUGGGGCCAUUUGCUGGGAAAAGUUGCAACUCUGCAAGAAGAAUUGACAGGUGCAGCAUUCCAUCCAUUGGAUGAUAAUUUGUUGAUAACGCAUGGCAAAGGCCAUUUAACAUUUUGGACAAGAAGAAAAGAUGGAUAUUUUGAAAAGACGGACAUUAUAAAACCUCCUUCAAGAACACAUAUAACAUGCCUUCAGUUUGAACAAGACGGCGAUGUUGUGACUGCCGACGGUGAUGGUUUUGUCACAAUAUAUUCUGUUGAUAGCGAAGGAGCUUAUUUCGUUAGAAUGGAAUUCGAAGCUCACAACAAAGGAAUAAGUUCACUCAUGAUGCUGUCAGAAGGUACUUUGUUAUCUGGCGGUGAAAAAGACAGAAAAAUUGUAGCAUGGGAUUCCUUGCAAAACUACAAGAAAAUAACAGAAACUAAAUUACCUGAAGUGGCAGGAGGUAUUAGAAGCAUAUACCCCCAAAGGCCAGGCAGAAAUGAUGGAAAUAUUUACGUUGGCACAACUAAAAAUAAUAUAAUGGAAGGAUCAUUACAAAGAAGAUUUAACCAGAUUGUUUUUGGACAUGGAAGACAGUUAUGGGGUCUUGCAGUACACCCCGAUGAUGAGAUGUUUGCCACUGCAGGACAUGAUAAGAACAUUGCACUUUGGAAGAAACAUAAACUAGUCUGGACAACAACUGUCGCGCAUGAAUGUAUUUCAAUAAGCUUUCAUCCAUUUGGUGUUGCCCUUGCUGCAGGCUCGACGGAUGGGCACCUGGUAGUUUUGAACGCUGAAGCUGGAAAUAUUGUUGCAACAGUAAGAGUAUGCGGCUCCCCACUCAAUUGCCUUGGCUAUAACCCAGCUGGUGAUAUGGUGGCGAUUGGUUCCCAAAAUGGCAGCAUUUACCUGUUCAGAGUAAGCCGUGAUGGAUAUUCUUAUAAAAAAAUUAACAAAAUAAGAGGGUCCCAGCCUCUUAUGCAGAUGGAUUGGAGCACAGACAGCAACUUCAUUCAGACUGUCACUGCCGAUUAUGACUUGACUUUCUGGGAUGUGAAGACACUUACUUCAGAAAAGAGUCCAAUCACUAUGAAAGAUGUUAAAUGGUAUACGCAUAAUUCAACAGUCGGUUUCUUGGUUUCUGGAAUUUGGAACAACAGAUACUAUCCAAUGACAUCUAUAAUCUCAACUGUAAACCGCUCAGCUGCUCAUGACCUCCUCGUAGCAGGAGAUACAGAGGGAUAUUUGAGAUUAUUCAGGUAUCCAUGCAUCAGCACGAAAGCAGAGUAUAACGAAGAGAAAGUGUACAGUUUGGCCAUCGCCACUGCUCGGUUUCUUUUCAACGAUAGGAACGUCGCUACGGUCGGUGGUACAGACGCCUCUCUGAUGCUCUGGGAAGUAAUAGACGAAUGAGUGAAGCUCAUGUGGAGUGUCGAGAUUUAUCCUGAAAGCCCUUGAGCUCGAAGAAAAUGUGAAUUUACUCCAAUCUCAAGAGCUAGCCAUUAAUUCCAAUUUAACUGCCAUUUUGACUAUCAUAACCAAUUUUCUAUUCUUAAAAAAAAAUAUAGAUCACUCAUCACUAGGAUAGAAAAAUGACUGUCCUAGUCAUUAUAACUAGAUACAAAUAUUAAUUAUAAAACCUGUAUAGCUAAUAUUUAAUAAAUGAGCUUUUUAUUUACAAACAAUGAGUCAUAGAUUCACUUUGUAAAUCAAAUAUAUUUUUAUCACUUUAUAAUAAUCAAUAUAUAUAUAUUAUUUUUUUAAAAAGAGGCCAUUGCUUUGUUGUUUAAAAAAUGUUGUCCAUUUUUCUAAGUUAUUAGUCGCUUUAGAAUAACUGUUAUGACAAAUCCUUAUAAAUAUGUAUAUAUACCAUAGAUACAUUUUUCAAUGUUUAGUCUUAGAAAUUGGACUUCUCAUUAAUAU